AUGGGUCAUAGGAUCAAGGCAAUUAGGGCAAGACUAGAUGAAAUCACAACUGAUAGGAUCAAAUUUGGCUUCACCGAGCGCCCUAUAGGGACACAAUUUGAGCAUAAGAAGAGAGAAAAUACACACUCUUUUGUACAUGAGGAAGAAGUCAUUGGAAGAGAAGGUGAAAAGAAGGCCGUUAAAGAGUUGUUAUUGAAUUCCAAUGUGAAAGAGAAUGUUUCGAUCAUUCCCAUAGUUGGGAUUGGUGGACUAGGCAAGACCACGCUUGCUCAAUAUGUGUACAAUGACGAGGAGGUCGAAAGACAUUUUGAUUUGAGGUUGUGGGCAUGCGUCUCUGAUUCUUUUGACGUGAAAAUUGUUGUUGCAAAGCUCAUAGAAUCUGCCACUAAGAAGAGACUUGAAAGCCAUGAGAUGGAUUUGUUGCAAAGUCAGCUUAGAGCAGAAAUUGAUGGUAAGAGAUAUUUACUUGUUUUAGAUGAUGUAUGGAACGAGAAUCGUGAUACAUGGUUGAGCUUGGAAACAUUUUUAUUGGGUGGCUUGAGGGGAAGCAAAGUUUUUAUUACACGCAGCAUAAAAGUUGCAGAGAUUACUGGCACAUUGUCUCCGUAUCUUUUGGGAGGUCUAUCCGAAAGCAAUUCUUGGAAUUUAUUUAAGAGAAUGGCAUUUAAAGAUGGGGAAGAGCCAAAGAAUCCAAAGCUAGUAGAAAUAGGAAGGGAGAUCGUACAAAGGUGUGUGCAAGUUCCUCUUGCUAUAAGGACUAUAGGGAGUCUAUUAUAUUUCCAAAAUUCAGAAGCUGAUUGGUUGUAUUUUAAAAACAAUGAACUUUACAAAAUAACUCAACAAGACAAUGGUAUUUUCCCAAUACUUAAGUUGAGUUAUGAUCAUCUCCCGUCAAAAUUGAAGCAAUGCUUUGCCUUUUGUUCAUUGUAUCCAAAAGAUACUUACAUUGAAGUGAAGUAUUUGAUUCAACUAUGGAUAGCUCAAGGCUUUAUUCAUUCAUCUGAUAGAAACAGAUGUCUUGAAGAUGUUGGUCGUGAGUAUUUUAUGGAAUUGCUUUGGAGGUCGUUUUUCCAAGACAUACAAAGAGGUGUUAUGGGUGAUAUAUCCAACUGCAAAAUGCAUGACCUUAUGCAUGAUGUUGCGCGGUCAAUAGCCGGGGAUGAGUGCAUAAUUUCAAAUCCAAAUGGAGAAAUAGUAGUUGAAAGAACUCAUCAUGUGGCAUUUAAUUCUUUAAAUUCCUUGCCGGAUAUUCUAGCUCUUUUGUUGAAGGCUAACAAAAUGAGAACCCUUCUUCUACGAAUUCAACCAUUUGCAAUAUUUGAUGAAAGUUUGAUUGCGAACAUUGCAGUAUUUGACUGGAAUAAGCAGAUUUAUGAUACACUUAUUUCAAGUUUUAAAUGCUUGCGUGCAUUGAAUAUGAGUUGUACGAGUAUUCAAAAAGUACCAAAUUCCAUCGGCAAGUUAAAGCAUUUAAGAUUUCUUGAUCUUUCUUGGAAUAAAGAUAUCAAACUACUCCCCACUUCUAUAACUAAAUUGCAAAAUUUGCAAACAUUAAGACUUGACUAUUGUUGUGGGCUUAAAGAAUUGCCUAAACACGCAAGCAACUUGAUCAACCUUAGGCAUCUUACGUUUUUUGGGUGUGAGAGCUUGACUCAUAUGCCGCAUGGACUGGGAAAGUUGACCGCUCUCCAAAGACUAACGUUUUACAAGUUAGGGACGAAGGAAAGUUGUGUUCGAAAGCAGGAGAGUGGGCUAGGCGAUCUCGAUGGUUUCAAUAAGUUGAGGGGACAAUUAGUUAUCAAGGGUUUAAAGCACUUAAAAUCUUUUCCAUUGGAAGCCAAGGCUGCAAACUUGGAGAGGAAGCAAUACAUUGACGAUCUGUUCUUAAGUUGGGACCAAGAAGCUAAUGAUGAUAGUGGUAAGGCAAUUACAAAUGAUGAACAAGUGUUGGAAAACCUACGGCCACACCUAAAUUUGAAAACGUUAACUAUAGAAGGAUAUUCUGGUGUGAGGUUAUCUAGCUAG